AUGAUCUUCGGUGGUCAUGACAAGGAAAUAGUUCUCCUGGCUGCAAAGGAGACUGCCGAGAUCGCGGGUGUCAUCAACGAGACCACGGGCCGAGAGGUACAGGUCAAGCUCAUUUCUCCUGACCCAUUCAUGCAAUUGAAGGGCAUCAAGGACGAAGGAGGGAAACCGGAGGCAUUCUCUCACAACUUUUUUACAUGCUACGAGGCAAUUGCCCGGGGUAAUGCCGGGACGGUUGAUCUGCUCACGGCCGAGGUGCUGGGCAAGGAGCCGGUGACGUCCCGGGGAUGA